CUGGUCGUUUUGGUUCCCGGGUGUUGCCCACGACUCGCCCACACCUGCUCAUAGUUCACCGCGCCAUUGUUGUCCAAUUGGCAUCAAUGUGCAAUUCCGACGCUCGCUCGGUGUGCGGUCCUUCGACAGCGAUCUAGGAUGUGGCAGUUUCAAAAGUAUCAUAAUCACUAAACACUGGCAAACUGUGACGCGCCAUACAGAGCAACCGUAUCGGAAGGAAGUGAAACCAAACGGUGCCCUGUCGACUGUUUUUACACCUUGUCCUGAUCGGUUUGCGGGCGGGGGGCAAGCGUGGUGAAUAGAAGAGAUCGCCCCCAUGAUGGAGAGAGUUGAUUGUGCGCGCGCUAUCUGAGGGUAGUCGACGGGUGGUAGUGGUAGUGGUAGCAGCUUGAGCAUAGAACUUGGGCCACAAAACAUCGUCACACAGAUACGCGGAUCGUGCCAGCUUCGGGCAAAAAAACGGUGGCCAAAAAUGUACGAAUCCGAUCCGCAGGCGGAACAGCGGGAUGGUCAGUUCUGUCGACUGUGCUUCAACAAGGCGGUAGACCUGUGCCCCUUGUUUCCUGCGCCAAACAUUCCGAACAAAGCGCUGCUUCAUAAGAUAUUCGACUGCACCACCAUAACGCUAAGCGUACGCGAUGAUCAUGAUGCAAACAUAUGCGCCAACUGCAUCCUCAGCAUUGAGGCCUUCUUCAAGUACAAAGCCCAGUGCGUGCAGAACGAUCGCUUGCUGCGCAAGAAGCGGGUCAGCUUCUUCGCUGAGCUCGGGCUGGCGGCCGAUUCAGGUGACGGGAUCGUCGGGGCGAACGAUCUUUCGUACCAGUCGACGGCGGCGGCGGCGGCACCGGAGCUGUCUAGCAAGCGGCGCCGAUUGUCACGCAAUGGAGACGGCGGAGAGCUAGGCAAUGAGGAUGAGGAGGACGACGACGAGCUAUCGACGGACCGUAAACGACACCGAACCGGGGGCCUUCCGGAUGACGAUGAUGAUGACAGCAGUGGGAGUAUAAAGAAGCCCUACAAUGGUGACGCUCACGGGGAAGGUGCGGGAAAGGUGGAGAACGAUGGUGAGGAAGCUGACCUGGGACCGUAUCAAAUUAAGCAGGAAGCUAUCGAUCCGGACCGAGACGGGGAGGAGGAAAACCGCAAUCAGCAGCAACAGCAUCUCGAGGAUGAAGACGACGAUGAGGAAGAGUACUUCAAUCCGAACCAAUUCCUCGCCCAGGAGACACAAAUCGACGAAGAGGACGAGAUCGGCGAGGAUGCAGACAAUGACGUCAGUUCCGAUGGCGAUGGGCAGCAGUUUGUCGUUGCGAAUGGUGCCGAGAGUGGUGAUGGUGGCGGUGCUGGUGGGUUGGCGACUGGACAACACCAGCCGCCCCAGCUGUUCGAGCGUGGCUGGAAGACGACGGAAUUCUCCCCGCAGCCCGGUUCGUCCGGACUGAAAACGCUCAAAAUAACCGACUACUCCAAUGUUACGGGGAAGCGCGGACGUCCGCAGCGCUUCGUUACGGAGAUGCUAUCGAUGGCGGCGGCAGCGGCAGCGGCCGCAUCCGGUGGAGGUGGUGGUGGUGGUGGUGGUGGUGUUGGUGGUAACACCUUUUUGCCGUACCAUCCCGGAGACGCAAUGUACCAGCAGUGGCAACGGCUGAAAGGGUUGGCCAAUGCGCGACUGCAGGCCGACGGACGGGUGCCACUGGCGCUCGCAAACCCUCCGCAUGGCCGCACGACAACGCGCGUUCUCGGCGGUGUGAUCGAACCCACGAAAAAGGUGCAAAAGUUUCUGGACGAUGGACUGCGGGAGUUAAUCUACAAUGCCGGUGCGCCAAACCCGCACUUCGCUCGGGACGGAGGCUCGACGGAUUUCAAGGUCGUGAAGGCACGCUUCAACUCGUACAACAUCAUCUUCGACGACAAUCGGUUCCUGCGGCGCAACAAAUCCGUCAGCGGGCUGCCCAAGUGGUACUGGGCGUGCAGCGUUACCGGCUGUCCGGUGAAGAUAUGCAGCUACACCGGGCGACUGUUCCGCACGAACGAGCUGUCCCAUACCCACCCGCCGACGGAACCGGACGCGGACAGCAAGUACGAAACGAUACAGCCCGACCCGGUCGAGGCGGAACAGUUGCAGCGCCAGCUGCUGCAUCAGCAACAGCAACAGCACGCAAUGCAGCAGCAACGGCUCGUGCGACAGCAGCAGCAGCAGCAACUCCUGCGUCAACGUCAGGUGGAACUUGCGCAGCGCCGUGUUGCGGCAGCGGCAGCGCUGAUGGCGGCGGCGGCUGCCAACUCGUCCCGCAACGAUUCCACCGAGCUGGAGCGCUCGAUGCACGGGCUGGAUAGCAGCAAUAGCAACAGCAGCAGCAGCCACAACAACAACGGCUGCAUGGCCGAACAGAACGAUCCACGUAGAAACUACGAGCUGCGAAUGGCGGACGAUGGUUCGGAGCUGCUGUUGUACGCUGGACACACCCAUGGACUGAUUAUGACGCGCAAGGAUGGCGUGCGGGUGUACCGGUGCACGAGCAUUGUCGGUGGCGAGGAGCAGGCGUCGGGCGAGGCAGGCCGUCCGUGUACGGAUACCGUGUUCCUGCACUCGAACGGCUGCAUCGCCAAGGUGUGCAAGGAGGAAAACGUGGACUACGGCAUGGAGUUCCCGGUGGACGGAGGCGCUGCUGAUCGGUACAGGACGGCGGGUGGAAGUGUAGCGGAAGGCGGCGAGGAGGACAAGCGUCGCCGGCCGCAGAAGAUUAUCGUGUACGAGGGCUACCGGUACAAGUACUGCCAUGCACGGCCCGAGGGCAGCUUCUACUGGCGCUGCGUGCUGCGCCACGAUAAGGACUGCCUGGCGUCGAUACAGACCAAGCGCAACCUCGAGUUUCUCAACGUGAACGAUCAACCGCACAACCACGAACCGCCGGAUCCGUCAGAACCGCACGAGAACGCGAUGCUGUGCGAGAUUCGACUGCCAGCCAAGGGUGAAGCGACGGAAGGGUCGACCGAUUUCAAGCUGGUCAAGAGUGGCCAGAAGCGAGAGUUCCUCAUCUACAAGGGCUAUCGGUAUUACUUCCAGUACGAGUCGAAGAACGGGCGACGGUCGUACCGGUGCACGAUGUUUAAAAACUGUCCCGCCGGAGCGUUUCUGCUGCCGAACAGUACGAUCCAGGAGGCGAAGAACUUUAUCCACACGCACCCACCGGUGGAGGAUAUGGACAAGUACAUCACCAAGGACAGCUUGAUAACGAGCCCGAUCAAGCUGCCGGACGGUGGGACCGAGGGUGGAAAGCGGGGCGUUGAGUCAGGAGGCCACGGUGACACGGCCGCAAUAGAGCCGUUGAGCAAAGACCCAGAGGUAGCGCGCCGGAACGGGUACCGCAUCAUCAAGAACUACAAGAACAAGGAGAUCAUGAUCUACCUCGGGUGGCGUUACUUCGAGGACUACAAAAAGAAGAGCGGCGGCCAGGUGUGGCGCUGCUCGUCGCAUCGUCUGUGCCGCGGCUCGGUGCACCUCUUCCCGGACGGGUCAAUCAAUUUUGCCAAGCUGGUCGAUCACAACCACUCGCCACCGAAGAAGAUCAUCAGCCACUCGUCGAUCGAUGGGGGCGAGUACACGAAAGCCAUGCUGGAUGUGUCCUCCUCCCUCGACUACUCGCUUGGGAACGGGGCCGACGGGACGGGCGACUCGAUGCUGCUGACCGGUGGUGGAACGUACCACCGUUACAUCACGCACCAGGGUCAUCGGUUCCGGUUCGCGACCCGCAAACGCGAAGGCACCAUCUAUUGGCGGUGCGCAAUGCGCCUCGAAACCAAGUGCCCGGUGUCGUUCCACACGAAGGAGGACACGUACGAGCUGGUCAGUACGCGAAACCACGAGCACAACCAUCCCAUACCGACCGUGUGGCCGGAGGUGGCCGGCGGACAGAUUGACGACGAGCUGCCCCAGGUACGGAUGCCAGCCGAGCAAGUGGGCACGACGGAUUUCAUCCUGACCAAGAACUCCAAGGGCCGUGAUCUGGUGCUUUACCGCAACGGGCGUUUCUAUUUGGACUACUCGCGCAAGGAUGGCAGGAUUGUGUUUCGCUGCUCGGCCGUGUCCGGAUGCCGGGCGACUGUGCUGCUGCUGCCCAACAAGACGCUACAGGUGCCGGAAGACUUUAGCCACAAUCAUCCCACCGCGGACGGUUGGGAGGCGGGAGAGGCCCCAUCGCUAGACGCCAAAUCGGUCGGACAGUUAAUGACGGAACCGAUCGAGCUAAAGUCCGACGAUGAUGAGGAAGAAGGCGCAACGCACACCGAUCUGAUCGCAGACCGGGGGGCGAGAGUGUCGGGCGGCGCCGGACCGGAAUCGAUGCUGCCAAAAAUCAUCCUUUACGAUGGGUUUCAAUUCCGCUUCAUAUCGCGCCAUCCCACGGAGCAGAGUGCGUUCUUCCGAUGCUUUAACUUUGAUGCAAAGAAAAACCAGUGCCACGCCUCGCUCUACACCGACCUGAACGGCGUCGUGAUCCAAUCGAAUCAGCAGCCGCACAAUCACGACCAGAGCGACUACCUAAUGGGGCCGGAUAAAUACCAUCCCCGUUCGCUACAGCAUCGGCCCGAUCAGUCAGCCUUAUUAAUAACUGCACCGCCUACUGGGGACGAGCUGCGCGGAACACGUGAUUACAAGAUCGUAAAAAAUUGGAAAAAUCGUGACGUGCUCGUGUUUCAAAACUGCCGCUACUUCCUGCACUACGUCCGCAAGGAUGGGCGCAAGGUGUGGCGCUGUUCCGCGAUCCGUAGCUGCCACGCGGCCGUCUAUCUAAACGCCGACGGGACGGUCGAUCAGUUCCGCGGGCAGCAUGUGCACGAGAUACGGCCGGAAGGGGAGCCGCGACGGCGCCGUCGCAGGAAAAAGUCCGAACUGGUGCCGUUUUCUUACGGUGUCGGUGUCGGGCCCGGCGUUGGCGCCAGUAUCUUCGCUAACGGGAUGCUUGCCAAUGCUGCCGAGCUGAUGGCGCGCAAUAUGAAUGGUGCGUCGAUGCUAAAUGGCGGUGCGAUCGGUGGCAUCACCCCACACGGCGGCGCCCUUGUCGCAAACGGAUCGAUGAACGGUGGCCACAAUGGGACGAACGAGUGGAUCGAUUACAGUGACUACGCUAUGCAGAUGAGCGGUUCGCCGAAUGACACAGCCAGCAGUGCAGCAGCGCGUGGCAAUGAAGAAACCCAUUCCCUCUGGGAUCAGCACCAUCCUGAGGCUGGUGGUGGUGGGCGUGGUACAAAUGGAGGGGAAGGAUUUGAUCUUAGCUACCAUUCGGUGUUUGGCAGCCAGGAAAACUUCAACACGUACGCCGUCCAUGCGCUCGCCCAGCAUCACCUGCAGCAGCAGCAGCAGCAGCGAUCGGCCGCCAGCUUGCAGCAGCAAAUACAGCACCAUCAGCAGCUGCUGCUGAACGGUGCCGGUGGACAGUUGCAGUUGCAUCGACGGCACAAUGGCGCACCGCAGCCGCCGGACAGCAGCGAUGCAGAAGAGUGCGAACUGUCCGGCGAUGCCAGCGGUGACGAAAUUCCCCUGAUCGACAUCACGCCAGAGGUAAAGAUAGAGGGGGACGACGAGCAAUGAUCGUGCCGCUAGAUCAGGCGAUCGGUAGUAAAGACGACACUUUGUUCCUUUUUCAACGGUUGCGACUUUCAAUGUUCGAAAAAUCUUCAGUUAGAGCACAGUCGCUAACAAGUUUUGAAACAAAACAACAGUUAACGCUACGACACGUAUACGCACAUAGAUAGGGGAGGAAAAGAGGUUCCGUUUCCUCGUUUGGAUUGCAGAAGAAGAAGGUGAGAAGGGAAGGAUAAGGGAAAGCGGGACACUCGAGCUCGGUUCUAGAAUAUUACUUCACAAACUCGGCCAUUUGUUGUAUUUUGAAAUUAAUUAUAACUGAAAUUAUCUUUCAUUCCUUGUGCGAAACCAGUCAAAAUUAGUUCUUACGUGUUUAGGGUGAGGAUGUGCCGUCUUCUUGGAAGAUGCUGAUGUUAUUAGUAUAUUGAAAAAGAUAGGAGAACAUAUAGUAGAGACGAAAACAAAAGGAACAGGUACAGAGAUGAGCUUGGAUGUUGGAACUUGUGACGUUAUUUUAUCUAUUUACAUUCGGUUAAAGUUAAAAGAGAAAGAGUUAAAGGCCUCUGGGAUGGCGGAGCGAGAUGAUGAGUAAAAUAGGCAGACGACGUUAAUAUCGCUGUUUGUAUGCUUAUAAUAUUCAAAUGUACUGCUCCCCCAUCUCUCUGCACGCUUAUCGGUGUGUGUGUGUAUCGUUGGGCCACAAACAGGCACGGAAAACAGACGAUCAUCGCUCCGCCCAGACACGCGUUAAUGAAGCCUAGACACACGCAAAAGGAAGGAGGUACAGAAAGAGGUGCUGCUAGCCAUGAUCGAUUUCUAGCACCGUUCAAGGCUUUCAGCAUAUUGGUGUCUCGCGCGACCCCCUAAAACCUGUUUGAUUUUGAUGCUGCGGUUAAAAAACAAAACCCAAACACAACCCGUGCCCGUGCGGCGGCCCACUGUUUAUGAGCCGUCGUCUGUGUUUUCGUCGUCUGGCCCCGGUCUAGCAUAAAUUAUAGCGUCGCGUCAUCUUAGACGCGAUUGGUAUAGGUUUUUAGCGAAUCAAAACAAUUCCCACUAGACUGAAGCCGGAACUUUGGCUGGAAAGCACCCGACCGAGGGGGUUGUUUUGCAGGACCGUUCUAAUUAUUUUUUUUUUAAAUUUUGUAUUUAUGUAAGCGUAGAAUAGGAAUAGAACUAAAUUUAGCAAUGCUAUCCCGAAGGAAGGUUAUAGAAAAGUUUCAAACUAUUUGAAUGUUUGCGUUGCGAGAAGGUAAAUGAAAUUUACAUAUAAUAUGUUAUUAUGUAUUAUGUUAUGGAAUAUAAAAUAUGAAAAGACACAAUAAUUCCAAUUUGGGAAAAAACAGCAAACAGUAAGACAUUGUUAAUAAUUAAUUCGCCCAUUCGAUGCCGAGAGAACGGAUGAAAACACUAGCAAAAAACAUGUUUAGAAUUAAAACAAACUUGUAUAUAGUAGUAAAACAUAAAAGCGCAAAGCAAACGAACAAGAACAAGAACAGGAACAAAACAAAUGUUAUUAAUUAUAUGCACAUGGAUGGAUAGAGAGGAUCCGCCAUUAUUGUUUCGCUAGAAAUGUUUUAAUUCCACCAUUGUUACUAAAGUAAGCCUUUUUUUUGGUUCAAUUUGUCGCGUGAAUACUGAGUGGCAAAAGCUCUACCACGAACAAAUAAAUGUAUGUUCCUUUUGUAUUUCACACACACACACACCACAACUUGAAUGAGAAAUGGUUAGAAAAUGAGGCUAUCAACACACGUUAAUUGAGGGGGGGAGGGGGGGAGAAAGUAGUUGAGGUAUUAAAAAUUUACUGUAAGAGUACUGUUUUCUUCCAGAAACAACAAAAAAAAUCCUUUUUUUUUUAUUUAGUAGAAUUUCCCCAGUUGAAGAAAAAAAAGCAAAGUUGUGUUAGUCCGAACAACACAACCACGGCACAGCAACAUUUGAAUGUGUUUGUGCUUAUUGUUUGUUGUUUUUAUUGUUUUUAGGUUUAAAUUUUGUACAUGAUAGACCCGAUUUUCCAUACACACACGGAGAGCAGAAGCACACAGUGGUAAAGCGCAUGCCUCGUGUAUAGAGAGUAAAGCAGUUAGAAAGCGUUACAUCAUUUAGUAAGUAGUAGUAGUAGUAGUAGUAGUAGUAGUAGUAGUUUAAUGGAAAGAGGUAUAGCAAAACUAUAUUAUUAGAUGCAUAAACACACACACACGUACACACACCAGUACCGAGGAGAUGGAAAAUUACACCCCACUUUUGCAAAAUCACUAUGAGACGUAGCGUAGUACGUACAACUCACUCUUCCAUUAACUUCAAGUAGUAGUUCGCCCAAACAUACUCCAAUGGUGCGCGUAUAGGCGCCACAUGAACCUGUAUACUCAACAACAACAACAACAACUCACUCAACUCGUAACCGCGCGCACUGAUAAACUAUGGCACCGUUGGGUAAAGCCUCUUCUCUCAACACACGGCACUUGAAACGCAAUAGUACACAGAAACAGAAUAUACAUUCGAUAGGAAACGGAUGGAUUUUGUUGUUGAACAAAUACACACCAACAUAACAGUAUAGAAAUAGAUAUAUAUCAAGCGAUAGAAACCUCAUCAGUGGAGACAAAAUGACAGAAACAAUAGUAGUAAAUGAAAUUGAAUACACCAAUACGAAGGAACUCCUCGUGCUCGAUUGAAUUAUGUGUUGCAAUGAGAUUGUGGAAGGAUAAUAAACACUUCUAACCAUAACACAGCACUAUGAAAACGGUAAAGCACCGGUGUUCCAGUUCGGAAGGAAGGUAGUGUCCUCGAAAGGGGGAAAUAACAAUAAUAAAAAAAAACAGACCCGCCCGGUAUUAUGGAUGAGAAAUCCAAUCACACAGUUAGGCAAACAUUGAAUGAGAGCCAGAAAAGUACUAAAUAAAGGGUAUUUAUUUAAAAA